UUCAGGUGUUUCGGCAAUGCUAUUUGAUAUCUUCAGCUGGCAUGCCUUCUUCCCCUUUCCACCAAUAUAUACCGCCUCGGGAGAGCUCUGUAUAGAUGAAGAUGCUUUCAUUCGCGCUGUCUGUCAGCUGGUGUGGACUUGUCCGCAGCGGGCGAACUCUUGCCGCCGUGUUGUUACGGGAAACUGGGGACCACAUUUCGGCUGGCUCGUUUCGGUUCGUAGUAUAAAUAUCAGCGAUUGUAUGAGGGGGUUAUUCCGAAGUCUUGCUAUUCCGAAUAAUACAAAAACAGGCAUUGAAACAACAAUUCUGGUCCCCCGGUUCUUCAUGUACCAACCGCGGCAAGACGAGUUGUAUUCUGGAGAUGAUUCCGAGGAUGAAGCUCUGCAGCAACAGAUGGUUGUCGUUGAAAAAGAGAGUGAGCGAACGAUAGACAUCCAAGAUAUUCUCUCAGAGUAUCCCCCAGAUCAGCAUCCCAUGGUAGGGAACCCGUUACGAGAAAGCUAUAAGCUAGCCCUACCGUUCCUUCCACGUCACCCAUACGAUCUAACUGACCUUCACGUCCCAACCAUGAAGGUUCUGAGUCUCUGCACCUUGCUCCAUGUAACUGAUUUAAUAACCUCGAUUGAGAGAUCGGGCAAUGAAGGACUUAGCUGGGAAGUGUUCGACACCAUGUUGAGUGAGCAUGCGGCAAGUUAUCCCUUAUCUGUAUCCGAGUAAUGUUUUGUUAAUUUUUUCCAAUAGAAGCUGAUCACAGAUACUCUAGCGCAAGUAUUCUCAGUAUUCAAAGCUCCGAUAGAUAGAACUGCAUUGUGAUAUUAUGAGCUUGAAAGUUGAAAUGUAGAUAUAGGGAUUUCAGCAG